UCUGAUGUUAACUCAUCAUUCAGAAGAGUAGCAAUGGGUUUUAAUGACCUCCUACAAACCAUUGGAGGGUUGGGCCGUUUCCAGGUCCUCAAUACUGCUGUGUUGCUCUUUCCUAUGAUUUUUAUGGCCUCACAUAACUUCCUUCAGAAUUUUACAGCUGCAGUACCUGUACAUCGCUGUCGUAUUCCAGAGUUGGACAAUGCUUCGGUUUCUUUCAAUAUCAGCCAUAUUACACCAUUUAUACCAGUGGAUGACAACCUGAAGAGCAAGAGUUGCAUAAGGUUCAAGAAUGCCGAACUUGGCCUCUGGACUAAUGUCACUUCAUCAAACAACACUGAAUCCUGUAAGGAUGGCUGGGUCUAUGACAAGAGCAUCUUCAUCUCCACUAUCAUCACAGAGUGGGAUUUGGUCUGUGACCUGCGUAAAAUGAGGCAGGUAGCUCAGUCAAUAUAUAUGGCGGGAGUGUUGGUUGGAGCCUUCAUACUUGGAAAUUUAUCGGACAGGUUUGGCAGAAAAACUAUUCUGACUGGCUCUUAUCUCAUGAUGGCAGUAUCUGGCACAUGUGUGGCUUUCCUCCCCAACUUUGUCACUUAUUGCACUUUUCGAUGUCUAUGUGGGAUUGCUUUCUCUGGAAUUACUCUGAACACCAUCUCACUUUGUCUAGAAUGGACUCCACCCAAAGGGCGGAAUGUAAUUGGCACACUGUUUGCCUACAGUUUUACCUGUGGACAGCUUCUGCUACCAGGAUUUGCUUAUGGGAUUCGAGAAUGGCGCUGGCUUCAGUUCACUAUUUCUUCGCCAUAUUAUGUCUUCUUCCUGACUUCAUGGUUUGUGCCAGAAUCGGCUCGUUGGCUUAUUGUAAAAGGUCGCUCACUUCAUGCCCUUAGAAAUCUGCAGAGAGUAGCUUGGAUAAACGGGAAAAAAGAAGAGGGGGAAAAACUCUCAGAGAAGGCCUUAAUUGCUCAUAUGCAAUCUGAGUUAUCUAGUAUAAAGCAAUCUCAUUCCUUUCUGGAUCUUUUCCACACUCCUGGAAUGCGCCGAAUUACAAUCUGUCUCAUGCUGGUUUGGUUCUCCACUGGUUUUGCAUUUUAUGGCCUUGGUAUGGACCUGCAGAAGUUUGGAAUCAGCAUUUUUCUGCUGCAGUUUGUCUUUGGAGGCAUUGAUUUACCAGCCAAACUGGGAGGAGCAAUUCUAAUGAGCUGUAUAGGGCGCAGAGUGACACAGUCAGGGUCCUUGAUUCUUGCUGGAGUUGCCUUGCUUUGUAAUGCUUUUAUACCUCAAGAUCUGAAAAUUGUGCGAAUAGUGUUGGCUACUUUUGGCAAAGGCUGUCUGGCUUCAUCAUUUUGCUGUGCUUAUCUAUAUUCUAGUGAGCUCUUCCCAACUGUUAUCAGGCAGAGUGGAAUGGGAGUUGUCGCUAUGAAUGCUCGCUUGGGCUCCAUGGUUGCUCCACUGGUGUUGAUGUUAUCAGAGAUUUCUACUAUCUUUCCUCCUGCAAUAUACGGAGUGGCAGCAAUAUUAUCUGGGAUUGCAGCUGUGUUUUUGAGUGAAACUUGUAAUCUUCAGUUGCCGGAUACAAUAGAAGAAGUUGAAGCCAGAUAUAAAGGUAAAGAUAUACACAGGAUCAUCCCAAAAGAAGAAGUCCCCCUUACACAGAACCAACCUCAAGCUCACUCUCCAAAAAGACUCUUGGUGGAAACAGUGUAAUUAGUUUUAAGCCAGGCACGAAUACAACACUUUUAGUUGAUAUGUUGAC